UUUAAAAUGAAAAGGAAUAUUCAAAGCAACCCGGAGAUGAUGGCAGAUUUAAACAGCCUGAGAAGCUUGAGUAAAGAGAGGUAUCUCCUUAGAGUUGGUUCUAAAGCCUGAGCUGACUUGCAAGAGCCUUUCCAAAAUUUAUCAACUGAGUUUAGCAAAGUCAAAAAUGCUAAAAUUGAUAGCAAAGGAAAUAUCGAAGACAUGCAUUUUGAAGAAGGAGAUGUAUUUGCUGAGGACUACUGUAGAGUUUUGUAUGUAGAGAGAGAAUGGAAAAAGAUGAAAGAGCAACUAAAUGAAAUCAGUAAAUCAAACAUUCAACUUAAAAGAUCAAAGAAUAAGACAAAUCAAAACCCCGAAAACAGAAUACAGUCUCAAAAAUAAUGCUCCAGCGGUGGGAGAUACAGCAACUUUUGAUGAUAGAAGCUCAGAUCCUGAAGAAAGAAGGGGCAAGAAUCAAUCAAGGAAAUUUAAACUUUCCCCUUCAAAUUCUGAAACCACAAUGGAACUGGAAAAGCCUCAGUCUCGAAAGAAAACAGUUUCUCAUCAUGAAGGAAUCUCAAACCUUGAUGCUUUAUUGAAUAAAUCGAGUAAAAUUCAGACAAAAGUCGUGAAAGACUCAGGACCUUCAAAUCCUGAGCAUAUUAAUGUAGCCACUCAUAAGAAAUCAAGGCAGCCAAAGCAGAAGGUUGACUCUGCGUCCAAAACUGCUCUCAAAAAGAAAGAAUUAGAGAAGAAACAAGCAGAAAAAGCUCAAAAUCUUUCAAGUGAAAAACAGAAAACAAAAACUACUAGCAUAUCUCCAAAUAAGCAACAGAAAAGUGAAGAUUUUGAAGUUAUUUUGAAGAAAAAGGCAGAAAAGACUGCUAAAGAAGCUGCCAAAGCAAAGGAGAAAAAGGAAAGACUUGCAAAAAGAGCUAGCACAAGGAAGAAAAUUAUGCAAGCCAAAAAUAAACCAAAUCCAGAAAUGAUAUUUUCAGGAGUGAAUGAAGAUGAUUGUCCUAAACCUAAAAGAAACCUUCAAAGAACUCCUCCUAAGCCUCAGAAGAAGAAAGAGGCUGUAACUCCAAUGAUACCAAUGGGAGGGAUGGUAUCAAGAGAUGAUCCUACUCCUGCAACAAAGCCAUUGAGUGGGCCUGUUCAGAGGUCUCCUGUUCGGAAAGUCGAACCUAAAGAAGUCAUGAGCGAGACAAAGCCAACAAUAAGUUCAACGCCUCAUGAAAAAUUAGAGAUAAAGCAAAGUGAAAGGAAAGAUUUUAAUCAAGCAUCACCAAUUCCUCAUUCAUCACCAGAGAUUAUGAAGGAAGGCUCACCUAUUUUACCUGAUAAGCAAUUCUCAGCACCGAUGGAUGAACCUCAACCAAGACUUUCAGGACAUAUGAGAGAACCUGUUGAGAUGGAGCAUAUCCAUAGCAUGAGAGACAUGAGGGAUAUAAAUAGUUUUAGGAAAUCUCCAGAUAGCUUAAACGGAUCUUAUUAUGAAAAAGUUUCUCCACCCAAACCGAAUAUGUAUCAUCAAUCUCCAAAAACUUUUACAUAUCACCAAGAACCAAUGGAGCUUAAUAAUUUUGAAGACAGGCUAGACGAUCUACUUCUACAAACAAGGAGUAAAUUGGAUGAUUUUAGUCCAAAGACUGAUAUUGAUGCUGCCCCUUAUGACUAUAAGCAAAAAUUCAAUAUGCCAACUCCUUCCCAACCAGGCAUGCAUUAUCAAGAUGGAUCAAAUGAAGCUCCAAUGAUGGGAUAUGGAGGACAGAUGCAACCGCAGAUGAUGCAGAUUCCUGCAACAUACCAUGCCCCAAUGCAAAUGCCUUACUACAAUAAUAUGCAGAUGAAUCACACAGGAAGUUCCUCAGGGUACUCUCAGCCAAUGAUGCAGCCUCAUCCACAAUAUCAGAUGCAACCUCAGAUGCACCAGAUGCCUCAGCAUCCAGCUCAUAUUCCUUCAGAAGGAAUGAGCCAGUACCCUCCUCAAAUGGCACCUAGAGGUGGGAUGCCAAUGGGUUCUUCUCAGCAAGUUUACCCAGUGUAUUACCCACAUCCAAGUGGUGGAUACCAACAGUAAGAAGACAGACUU